AUGGCGGCAGGAGGGCGAAGCUGCCGUGUCUCCUGGAUGCGCCACUGUGCCAGCAACUCCAGAAUGUGGCAGCUUGCAGGCCUCCUACUGCUCAUGGCCAUCUGGGGCACUUCUGGCAUACCGGCUCCUCCGGACGUGGUGUUCUCGAGCAGCGAGCACGCCCACCAGGUGCUGCGGCUGCGCAAACGCGCCAACACCUUUCUGGAAGAGCUGCGGCCCAGCAACAUGGAGCGGGAGUGCCGGGAGGAGGUGUGCGAUUUCGAGGAGGCCAAGGAGAUCUUCGGGAAUGUGGAUGACACGCUGAUCUUUUGGUCCACGUACGUCGAUGGCGACCAGUGCGAGGCCCUGCCCCCGGAGCACUUGUGCGACAGCCUGUGCUGCGGGCACGGCAACUGCACCGACAGCAUCGGCGGCUUCAGCUGCCACUGCAUCGGCGGCUGGGAGGGCCGCUUCUGCCAGCAGGAGGCGAGCUACUCCAACUGCUCCGUGAACAACGGCGGCUGUGCACACUACUGCCUGGAGGAGGCGGCCGGUCGCCGCUGCACCUGCGCGCCGGGCUACAGGUUGGCGGAGGACCACCUGGAGUGUGAGCCGACCGUGAGGUUCCCUUGUGGGAGGCCAGCCCGGAAGAAAACGGAGAAGAAGCACAGUAACUUCAAGCGUGACACGGACCAAGCGAACGAGAUGGAGGACAUGGACCCGCGGCUGGUGGACGGGAAGCAGACCAGGCGGGGUGACAGCCCCUGGCAGGUGAUCCUGCUGGAUUCCAAGAGGAAGCUGGCCUGCGGGGCGGUGCUCAUCCACACGUCCUGGGUGCUGACGGCUGCUCAUUGCAUGGAGGAUUCCAGGAAGCUCUUUGUCAGGCUGGGUGAGUAUGACCUGCGGUUCAAGGAGCGAUGGGAACUGGACUUGAAUAUCCAGGAAGUCUUUAUCCACCCCAACUACAGCCGGAGCACCACGGACAACGACAUCGCACUACUGCGCCUGGCCAAGCCUGCCACCCUCUCGCAGAACAUCGUGCCCAUCUGCCUGCCGGACAGCGGCCUGGCUGAGCGGCAGCUCACGCAGCCUGGCCAGGAGACCGUGGUGACAGGCUGGGGCUACCAGAGCAGCCGUGAGAAGGAGGCUAAGAGGAAUCGCACCUACAUCCUCAGCUUCAUCAACGUCCCAGUGGCCCCGUACAACGCAUGCGUGGAGGCCAUGAGCAACGCUGUCUCCGAGAACAUGCUGUGCGCUGGCGUCCUUGGGGACCGGCGCGACGCCUGUGACGGCGACAGCGGUGGGCCCAUGGUGGCCUUCUUCCGAGGCACCUGGUUCUUGGUGGGCCUGGUGAGCUGGGGCGAGGGCUGUGGAAACCUCAACAACUACGGCAUCUACACCAAGGUCAGCCGCUACCUUGACUGGAUCUACAGCCACAUCCAGGGAAAGGAGGCGCUGCCUGGGACCUCCACUCCCUAG